AUGACAUCCACCGAUAUUCACAAACAUCUCAUUUAUUGUACCUUGACAAUCAACUCAACAACGCUAUUCACCUAUGAAAACCAUCAACUAACCUCACAUCUACUAGGUAAGCUUAAUUGCUCAGAAGUUGUUUCGCAAGAGUUGGGACUCAUAAACUCAUCAAAAACAUUGAUUGGAUCCAUACCUGCUGGAACAAACACGUCACAUCCACUUUCGUUAUACUUUAUGAAGAAAUUUCUUACCGUGGAUGGGAGUCGCGAUUUAAUCACAAUUGUUGUGGUUGCACACUCUGACAUCAAUAAAACAUUUGUCUUGCUAGUGCUCAAAAAUAUCAUGGACAAGUAUAUCGAGUUCAAGAAGCAGCAGGAAGCAGAAGCUAAUGACAAAUCACCAAGUCAGAGAAAGACAAAACCUGGAGAAUUUAAGAUCUUUAUGAAUCAAAUCAUCAAAUACGAAGAGGCAAACUAUAUCCUGAAUCAGCAAGUCUACAACAACGGCAAGAAUAAUAAUACCAGUAAUAAUAGUAAUGCCAGAAAUAACAACCAACAUAAACUUAACAGUAGUAACAAGAGUUAUAGUAACUAUGGAUCAACAGAUCAAAAUGGCACAGAUGCUGAAGGCCACCCACGAGAUCAGAUAAGUGCAAACCAGCUACUUUUAGCUAACGAGGAAGUGGAUGAGGUUCGAGAGUUGAUGUUGGAAAAUAUCAAUAAGCUCUUGAGUCGUGGUGAUAAGAUUAAUUCACUUGUCGACCAAACCGAUAGACUAAACACUUCAUCGCUGCUAUUCCAAAAGAAGGCGCAACAGAUUAAACGAAAAAUGUGGUUCCACAAAACCAAGUUUAUUCUAUCCAUCACUGGCGGUGGUGUUUUGUUGUUAUACUUGAUAGCUGGAAGCGAAUGCGGCUAUCCAUUCUUUGAACUGUGCAGGCCAUAA